GCUCAGCUGCAACUGAAUCGGAGAGUCUUAACCACAGCUAGUGCUCAUGGCGAACUUAGGACCGGCCGGUUUCUAUGGAGGAAAUGAAGAGGAGAUGGAUUUCGACCAGUCAUAUCAGUACUCUGGAACGGGCUUUGAUUCGAUGCCAACGUUGGACGAUAUGCCAUAUGGUGUUUCACCACACAAUCCAACCAGUAUGGCAACGCAAUUUAACGGCCAACAAUAUAAUCAACCAGGUGGAUCGAUCCAUGGAAUUGGUUUUCCAGAUCAAACCAAUAUCAGUGUUCAAAGAACUGAUACAUUUGACAGCCAACAACAUGGUCAAGCAGCUGUAACGAAUUAUCAAAUUAGUUUUUCGGAACAACCAAGUCCGGAUCACACCAAUAUCAAUAUUCGAAGGAAAGGUAAACUGAAAUUGAGUCCAGGGCAGCAGGCUGCUAACAGAAAAAAGGCUGACAAAGAAUACAGGGAUAGGAAGAAGAAACGGUUCACAGAUAUGGCAAAGAGAUUGGUGGAACUUGAGAAGGAGAAUAAUGAUUUAAAGAAAGAGAUUAAGGAUUUGAAUGAUGAUUCGCAAUCUAAAACAGAAAUGAUAAAUCAGCUGAAGAGGGUUAUUUACAAAUUGAAGAGAAAGGAUAAGGAGGAAAAUGACUUCCGAAGAAGGCUAGCAAAAAUCAAUGAUCCUGAUAAGUUCAUAGAAGUGGGGCUCCAACAUUAUAAGAAGCCAACACAAAAUUCAUUUUCUUCAGAUGAAGAAAGGAACUCAAAAGAAGAAUUUUUAGCUGGUACAGAGCAUGUUGAGUUGGACGGCGAUGACUCUGGGGAUGAAAAUGAUGAUUCUGUAAAGAGAAAACAGCAUGCAGCUCGUUCAGCUCGAAGUGGCCGUUCUGGCAGGGCUUCUAGGCUUGAAGAAUUGGAUGAUGAGUUGAUGGAAACACAACAAGUUGCAUUAUCUGCAAAGAAGGGAUCUACGACUACGAGUAAUCAUGCUGGCAGCUGGGAUAAUUAUCCUCACUCUAUUCUUGAAUGCAUUCGUAUUUUAGAAAGCAUGGAAGGCAUAUCGGCUUCUGCUGCAAUGAAAGCAAUAACUAAAUUUGAAUCUUCAGAUCAAAGGCAGAUUUUUGUUGCGCUAAAGAAGGAAGACUGGAGGAGGGAAUGGGUGAAAAAACUAGAGGAGGCUUAGAGAAGUUUUCUCUUGCAUUUUAAUUUUUUGCACUUUUUUUCUUUUAUCGGCUGAACUUUCUUAUGUUUGCAGUGUUAUGCUUGAACUAUCUUUGUUCUCUCUUUUCUUUUCUUUCUUUUUUUUUUUUUGAUGCACUUGUUUUCUCUUUUCUUUAAUUUUUAGACAAUAAUGCUUUAUUUUUUUU